AUGUUCCCAUCGGACUCAAGCGACGAUAAAGACGAAUUGAUGCUGCUGCUCAUCAUCGAGGAGGGAGAGCUUGCUGCCCAAGGUCGCACGCAUCAACAUGGCUCCGUGCUAGAGCAUGAGGUCAUAGACCGUGGGCACCAGGAAGGUGCUGCUAGGCUAUUCAGGGACUACUUUGCCAACACCCCAAUAUUUCGGAUGAGUCGCCCAUUGUUCUUGAGAAUUGCCGCUGUUGUGGAGAACCACGACCCAUGGUUUUUGCAGAAGAGGGAUGUCACUGGGAAGCUGGGCCUAAGCCUCCUCCAAAAGAUGACAGUUGCCAUACGGCAACUGGCAUAUGGAGUUAGUGUAGAUGCAAUGGAUGAUAGCACAGCGAUGCUCGCCCUAACAAAGUUUGUGGAAGUUGUGGUCUUGAUUUUCUCAAUUAGUACCUUCGCGCUCCCACUGCAGAGGAUACUGCUCGACUAUUAG